AUGGCAAUCAACUUCAAGGAUGGCGUUAUUCUUGGAGCCGAUAGUCGCACAACCACUGGAGCAUAUAUUGCCAAUCGGGUCACAGACAAAUUGACUCAGGUCCAUGAUACCAUUUGGUGUUGUCGCUCAGGUUCUGCUGCGGAUACACAGGCCGUUGCUGAUAUCGUGCAUUAUCACCUGGGAAUGUAUGGCAUAGUGAACAAAGAACCUCCAACGACCCAAACAGCUGCUGCGCUGUUCCAGGAACUGUGCUAUGACAAUAAGGAUAUGCUACGCGCAGGGAUCAUUAUUGCAGGUUAUGACCAACGACAUGGAGGUCAAGUGUACUCAAUACCACUAGGUGGUUCGCUUCACAAACAAUCAUAUGCCAUCGGAGGCUCCGGGUCGACUUACAUUUACGGAUACUGCGAUGCAAACUGGCGGGAAGGGAUGACAGAGGAGGAAGGUAUCGAGUUCGUGAAGAAUUCCUUGCAGGAAGCGAUAAAAUGGGAUGGCAGCUCCGGUGGUGUGAUCCGGAUGGUGGUGUUGACAGCAAAGGGUGCGGUGCGACAUCUCUACCUCCCGGAUAAUAGAUAUACAGGGCCAGGUCCGAAAUAG